AUAAAUUUAAAACAAUGAAGAUGAGGGAUAGAAUAUAUUUGUAAUUAGUUAAGAAACACAAUGGAUAAAGCAAUAUUUGCUACUGAAGGACAUUUAAGCCAAUGGAAUUUAAGUAGCUUUCAUCAAACUGUGAAAAUCUAUGGAGACACUUGGUGGCGCUGUAGGAUAAUAUCGUGGAGGAAAAAUUACAUUAGAUACUGGUCUGGACAAUUACCCAGUGCACAGAGAGAACUGGGAAGACAGAAGGAGGAAGCCUCUAAGGUCAGAAAACCUAGAAGUCAUUCAACACAGUUAAUAUCAUUAGACCUCCGAGGAUAUCGUGGACAGAUCAGAGGCACGUUUCCCGAAACUGGGAGGUGGAGCUGAAGCCAUAAGCCUUUGGGAAAGGAGCUAUGGAGAACGGAGGGACAGGCACUCUGCGGAUAAGGCAAGUCCUACUUCUCUUUGUUUUGUUGGGAAUGUCUCAGGCAUACUCUGGGCUAGGGCUCUUUUCUGUGGAGGAGGAAAUGCAGAGCAGAAGCUUUGUAGGAAAUUUGGCAAAGGACCUUGGACUCGAGGUGGGUGAGCUGUCCUCUCGGGGGGCCCGGGUAGUCUCUAAUGAUAACAAAGAGUGUUUGCAGCUGGACAUCAACACCGGCGAUUUGCUCCUAAGCGAAACAUUAGACCGGGAGGAGCUCUGCGGCUCCACUGAGCAGUGUGUGCUGCAUUUCCAGGUGUUAAUGAAAAACCCCCUGCAGUUUUUUCAGAUCGAGCUCCAGGUCAGGGACAUAAAUGACCACUCUCCCCUCUUUAUGGAAAAAGAACUGCGCCUACAAAUUCCAGAGAAUAGUCCUGUCGGUGCUGUGUUCUUAUUAGAAAGUGCAAAGGAUUUAGAUGUAGGAAUCAACUCGCUAAAAAACUACACGAUCAGCCCCAACUCUCAUUUCCACAUUAAAAUUAGAGUCGAUCCAGACAAUAGAAAAUAUCCAGAGUUAGUUUUGGACAAGGCACUGGAUUAUGAAGAGCAGCCUGAACUCAGUUUCAUCCUCACUGCACUCGAUGGUGGGUCUCCGCCCAGGUCGGGGACUGCCUUAGUUAGCGUGAUGGUCGUGGAUAUUAACGAUAACUCCCCUGAAUUUGAGCAGCCUUUUUAUGACGUGAAGAUUCCAGAGAAUAGUGUUCUAGGCUCACUGGUUGUCACCGUCUCAGCUUGGGAUUUAGAUUCAGGAAUAAACGCGGAAAUAUCGUACACAUUUUCCCAUGCCUCAGAAGACAUUUGCAAGACAUUUGAAAUUAACAAAAAAUCUGGAGAAGUUAGUCUAGCAGGAUUCUUGGAUUUUGAAUUAAUUGAAUCAUACUCCAUAAUAAUUCAAGCCACAGAUGGGGGCGGCCUGUUUGGAAAAUCCACAGUCAGAAUUCAGGUGACGGAUGUGAAUGACAAUGUUCCUGAAGUUACUGUGUCAUCAAUUACCAGUCCAAUUCCAGAAAAUUCGCCUGAGACUGUGGUUAUGGUUUUUAGCAUCCGAGACAGAGACUCUGGAGACAACGGGAGGAUGAUUUGUUCAAUCCCAGAAGACCUACCAUUCAAGCUAAAACCUUCGUUUAAAAAUUAUUACACGUUGGAAACGGAGAGAACGCUGGACAGAGAGAGCAGAGCCGAGUACAACUUCACCAUCACCGUCACUGACUUCGGUACGCCCAGGCUGAAAACCGAGCACAACAUAACCGUGCGGGUCUCCGACGUCAACGACAACGCGCCCAUCUUCACCCAAACCUCCUACACCCUGUUCGUCCGCGAAAACAACAGCCCCGCCCUGCACAUCGGCAGCGUCAGCGCCACUGACAGAGACUCGGGCACCAACGCCCAAGUCACGUACUCGCUGCUGCCGCCCCAGGACGCGCACCUGCCCCUCGCCUCCUUGGUCUCCAUCAACGCCGACAACGGGCAUCUGUUCGCGCUCAGGGCCCUGGAUUACGAGGCCCUGCAAGCGUUCGAGUUCCGCGUGGGCGCGGCUGACGCGGGCUCCCCGGCGCUGAGCAGCGAGGCGCUGGUGCGCGUGGUGGUCGUGGACGACAACGACAACUCGCCCUUCGUGCUGUACCCGCUGCAGAACGGCUCUGCGCCCUGCACAGAGCUGGUGCCCAGGGCGGCCGAGGCGGGCUACCUGGUGACCAAGGUGGUGGCGGUGGACGGCGACUCGGGCCAGAACGCCUGGCUGUCCUACCAGCUGCUCAAGGCCACGGAGCCUGGGCUGUUCGGCGUGUGGGCGCACAACGGCGAGGUGCGCACCGCCAGGCUGCUGAGCGACCGCGACGCGCCCAAGCACAGGCUCGUCGUGCUGGUCAAGGACAACGGCGAGCCGCCGCUCUCGGCCAGCGUCACGCUGCACGUGCUGCUGGUGGACGGCUUCUCCCAGCCCUACCUGCCGCUCCCGGAGGCGGCCCCGGACGAGGCCCAAGCCGACUCGCUCACCGUCUACUUGGUCAUUGCCUUGGCCUCGGUCUCGUCGCUCUUCCUGUUCUCGGUGCUGCUGUUCAUCGCGGUGCGGCUGUGCGGGAGGCGCAGGGCGGCCUCGGUGUCUGAGGGCCACUUUCCGAGCCACUUGGUGGACGUGAGCGGUACCGGGACCCUGUCCCAGAGCUACCAGUUCGAGUUGUGUCUGACGGGAGACUCAGGGAGUAAUGAGUUUAAAUUUUUGAAGCCGAUUAUCCCCAAUUUCCCGGCCCACUGCCCUGGGAGAGAAAUAGAGGAUAAUCCUACUUUCUGCAAUAGCUUUCGGUUCAGUAAUCAAUGACUAUAAUUGACCUUUAUAUUUCUUAUGUAUUUCAUUUUAUGGUAGUUGCAAACCACAUCUUGAAUAAACUUUCCCCAAUUGUGUGUAUUUUAAAUUUUAAAUUGUACUGAUGUUGCUAUUAUACUUUCUCAUAUUCUCCCCUCUUAAGUGAAUGUUUAUCUUUAUUUCUGGUUAUAAUGUGAUGAUAACUUAUUCUCUAGGCCAGGCAGCCUAUAUUUUUAGUAAAUUUACCACCUUAAAUAACUUAAAAUCACUUUUUAAAGAAUUAUCCCCCUUCC